AUGCACCUGCCCGGCUGCGCCCCAGCCAUGGCCGACGGCAGCUUCUCGCUCGCCGGCCACCUGCUCCGCAGCCCGGGCGGAAGCACCUCGCGGCUGCAUAGCAUCGAAGCCAUCCUGGGAUUUACUAAGGACGACGGGAUCCUCGGUUCCUUCCCGGAGGAGCGGGUCGCCCGGGGUGCGAAAGAGCGGGAUAGGAGGCCGGGCGCGCGGACCUCCUGCCCCAAGGCGCCUGCAGGAGGCGCCGAGCCCUCCACGCCGCCCGCCCCGGCACCGGCUCCCGAGUACGAAGCCCCUCGCCCCUACUGCCCCAAGGAGACAGGGGAGGCGCGGCCGAGCCCUGGGCUGCCUGUCGGACCCCCAGCCCCCAGCGACUCGAAGCUGUCAGAGGAGGAGCAGCCCAAGAAGAAGCAUCGACGGAACCGCACGACCUUCACCACAUACCAGCUGCACGAGCUGGAGCGCGCGUUCGAGAAGUCCCACUACCCCGACGUGUACAGUCGCGAGGAGCUGGCCGGCAAGGUCAACUUACCCGAGGUCCGGGUCCAGGUGUGGUUCCAGAACCGACGGGCCAAGUGGCGGCGGCAGGAGAAGCUGGAGGUGUCGUCCAUGAAGCUGCAGGACUCGCCUCUGCUCUCCUUCAGCCGCUCCCCGCCCGCCGCGGCCCUGGCGCCCCUCGGGGCGGGCCCGGGCGGCGGAGGCGGCGGGCCUGCGGGGGGCGCCCUGCCGCUCGAGUCGUGGCUCGGGCCGCCGCUGCCGGGCGGGGGCGCCACGGCGCUGCAGAGCCUGCCAGGCUUCGGGCCGCCGGCGCAGAGCCUGCCCGCCAGCUACACGCCGCCGCCUCCGCCCUUCUUGAACUCCCCGCCCCUCGGGCCCGGCCUGCAGCCCCUUGGGCCGCCGCCGCCGCCGCCGCCCGCCUACCCGUGCGGGCCCGGCUUCGGGGACAAGUUCCCGCUGGACGAGGCGGACCCGCGCAACAGCAGCAUCGCGGCGCUGCGCCUGAAGGCCAAGGAGCACAUCCAGGCCAUCGGGAAGCCGUGGCAGGCCCUCUAA